AUGGUAUUAUUGAAAAUACUUCACCUCAUUGAAACAGUACUGUUUGUCCUUAGAAAAAAGAAGAACCAAAUAUCAUUCCUACAUGUCUAUCAUCAUAUAAGUACAAUAUUAUUUGGUUUGAUAUUCAUUAGAUAUAUUCCUGGAGGAAGGGCAGUUUUUUAUCCUCUCCUUAACGGUUCAGUUCAUGUAAUAAUGUACAGCUGCUACUUUUUGAGUAGCAUAGAAGAAAUAAAAAAAGCAGUUUUGCCCAUCAAACGCUACAUAACCAUAAUACAAAUGGCACAAUUCGUAUUUUUGCUGUUACAAGCUUUCGUCUCCCUCAGUCCAUCCUGUAGUGUUCCAAAAUUGCCGGUUAUUCUUAUGAUUCCAAAUAUACUUUUAAACUUCUUAUUAUUUUAUCACUUUUACAGGAAAGCCUAUUUGAAUCCCAGAAAGACAAAAGAGGAAAUUCACGAGAUUCAAUGUGAUUUGGGAAGAAAAUCAUCCUUAACAAUGAGGACUACUUUCAAUAAUUAUAUGUCUCUAGGACACUGA